GCUAGACGGUGAGAGACCCCACUUGAAGUUCAGUCUCCCUACUUUCCCGUUUCAAAAAUAUCAAAAGCUCAACUCUAAAAGAAAACCCCAGCUCACUUACAGAGGAGAGAGAAAAUAGAAAAUGGCAGCUUCAGUCACCAUUCUUGCCAUCGUCAUCGCACUUCACCUACUCGCUUUCGUCUUUGCUAUCGGCGCCGAGCGCCGCCGUAGCACGGCGGAAGUGGUACCAGACCAGUACGACGAGCGCACGUUCUGCAAGUACGGUACCGACGCUUCAUCGUUGUACGGAUUAGCAGCGUUUGUUUUGCUGCUGAUUAGUCAUUUGGUUGUCAAUGGAGUUACAAAGUGUCUCUGUUUUGGGAAAGGUCUUGUUGGUGGGUCCACCACUUGUGCUAUCUUCUUCUUCAUCUUUUCCUGGGUGACCUUCCUGGCGGCAGAAACAUGCUUGGUAGCAGGUUCAAUAAGAAAUGCAUAUCACACAAAGUACCGAGGAAUCUUUGGUGGAGAACAUUUAUCAUGCGCCACACUGCGCAAGGGGGUUUUUGCUGCUGCAGCUGCACUGACAUUGAUGUCAAUGAUUGGGUCAGUAGUCUAUUACUGGAUCCACUCCAAGGCUGACACUGGUGGUUGGCAGAGGCAUCAAAAUGAAGGUAUUGGUAUGGCAGCUUCAGAUAGGACACACCAGCCUCAUCAUCAGACUGGUGAUGUCAGCAAGCCCUAAGUGCUGCUUUGGCUUAGCUUUGGAAAUUGACACGGUAUUAUUGUUUAACCAUGGUUCAAGGGGAAAUUGGAUAGAGUUCUUUAGUGAUAUGUAAUAUUAGAUAUAUAAUAUAGAUAUAUGAUAUAUAGGUCGUAAAUUGAUUUGGUUCAAGUGAUGCAUUACUGCUCAAUUGUUUAUAGGUGGAUCGUUAAUGACGCUGAUGAUUCGAUGUGAAAGACUGUUUGAUGUCGGACCGUUAAUGGCCCGAAACUAAUGAUGUCCUACCUAAUCAAGUAAUGAUGAUGUUUCAUCGUGAAAGACUUCUUGUAUGUAUUAUCACAAUUAUAUUACGGAGUAGUAUGUACUUCGUAUUAGUUUAAACGGAGUUCAAUUUCUCAGAGAUUUAAUUUAUGGAGAUUUAUUUAUUAAGAUACUA